AUGGACUCCAGAACCCCGCAGAACACGCCCGCCAACAAUGCCCCCAUCUCGUCUCAUGCCCAGGCGCCGGGCAUCUCGAGCAUCAAGGAAGAGGACCUUGACCGUGCUGCCGCCGCUAGCAUCUUCGCGCAGAACCCUCGUCUCGUCUCCAUGAUGCAGAACAAGCUGUCGAGUCUGGUCGGCAAGUCGUCCGGCUACGUCGAGUCGCUGCCCGCCCCGAUCCGGAGACGUGUGGCAGGCCUGAAGGGUGUGCAAAAAGAGCACUCCAAGCUCGAAGCCGAGUUCCAAGAGGCCGUCCUGGCCCUUGAGAAGCAGUUCUUCGAGAAGUUUACCCCACUCUACGAGAAGCGCGCCAAGAUUGUCAACGGUGACCAGGAGCCCACCGAGGCUGAAGUCGAGGCCGGCGAGGCGGAUGAUGAGGAAGAUGAGGAGGCUGAGCAAGAGAAGGCAGAGGCCGACAAGAACGCCACCAAUGCGGACGCGAAGGGUAUCCCAGAGUUCUGGCUGAGCGCCAUGAAGAACUCGUCUCUCGCCGAGACCAUCACCGACCGCGACGAGGAGGCGCUCAAGUUCCUCACCGACAUUCGCAUGGAGUAUCUUGACCGCCCAGGCUUCCGUCUGAUCUUCGAAUUCGCCGAGAACCCAUUCUUCAGCAAUAAGACUCUCUCAAAGACCUACUACUAUCAGGAGGAGAACGGAUAUGGUGGUGACUUCAUCUAUGACCAUGCAGAGGGAGACAAGAUCGAGUGGAAGGCAGGCCAGGAUCUCACCGUGCGAACUGAGAGCAAGAAGCAGCGCAACAAGAACACCAAGCAGACCCGCAUUGUCAAGAAGACCAUCCCCACGCCAUCAUUCUUUGACUUCUUCAACCCCGCCAAGCCACCGUCAGAUGACGAUGACGAUGAGAUUGAUGAUGAGAUCGAGGCUAAGCUCGAGCUCGACUACCAGCUCGGCGAGGACAUCAAGGAGAAGCUCAUCCCACGCGCUAUCGACUGGUUCACUGGUGAGGCUCUGCAAUUCGAGCAGGGUCUCGAUGACUUCGAUGAGGAUGACUUCGAAGACGAGGACGAUGAGGAUGAUGAUGAUGACGACGAGCGGGAUGAGGAUGACGAGGAGGAAGACGAUGACGAGGAGGAGGGCAACCCUAAGUCGAAGCAGGAGGCCGCCGAGUGCAAGCAGAGCUAA